UAUUCUGUAAUGUAAGUUGAAAAUGUAGUUACUUGUUCGAGUAAUUCCUCACCCUCUGACUCAAAAUAUUUCUAACGCUUUUGUGCAAUUUGUUUUUUCAUGCGAUUAUUUCUCCGUACCACUUUCAUAGAUGUUUCUAUUUUUGUGCAGAUUUGUGUGACACUACUGGGACUUUGGUUUCAUUUCAAUAAAUCAACAACUGGCAUCUCUUACCCAAAAACUCUGCCAUGUGACGUCAGCGAGGUCAGCAAUGGAACCCAGGUGAAAGUGGACUGCACCGAGAGAAGCCUCACGGAAAUCCCCAGUGCCAUCCCCAGAGAGACUACCAACCUGACUCUCACCAUCAACCAUAUUCCAAAAUUAAACUCAACCUCCUUUCACGGUCUGGUUAACCUGACAGAGAUCGACAUGAGGUGCAACUGUGUGCCCAUCAAAAUYGGCUCAAAGGACCACAUGUGCACAAAGAGUGUGACGAUUGAGGAAAACACCUUUACCACACUGGAGAAUUUAAGAGCACUGUAUCUGGAUGGAAAUCAGCUCUACAGCAUACCUAAAGGCUUGCCUUCAAAUCUUAUCCUGCUGAGUUUGGAAGUAAAUCAUAUUUUUUACAUUUCUAAAGCAAACCUCACUGARAUCCAGAAUAUUCAAGUGCUAUAUCUAGGACAGAACUGCUAUUAUCGUAACCCCUGUAAUGCCUCAUAUUAUAUUGAAAAUGGUGCAUUUCAACAGUUAAACUAUUUAACAUUGUUAUCUCUCAAGUCAAACAACUUGUCCUUCAUUCCCCAUCAACUGCCUACAAGUUUGAAAGAACUGUAUCUCUACAACAACAACAUUCAAGAGGUCACUGAUGAGGAUUUCAGAAACUUAACCAACCUUGAGAUUCUAGAUAUCAGCGGAAACUGUCCUCGAUGCUACAAUGCCCCUUUCCCGUGCAGUCCAUGUUCGAACAAUGCACCGCUUAAAAUCAGUGAGACAGCUUUUAAAAUGUUGACCAAACUGAAAACGCUACGACUGCACAGUAACUCGCUGACACGUGUGCUGCCGGAAUGGUUUGCCAGCAUGAAAGCUCUCAAAGUGCUUGAUCUCUCAUCAAACUUUUUAGCCAGAGAGAUUGGGAUCACUACCUUUCCUCUGCACCUGGGUAAGCUAGAAGAACUGGACCUGUCAUUUAAUUAUGAGCUUCAGAGAUAUCCUCAAACUCUCAGACUGUCGCCCAGCUUCUCCUCCCUCAAAUCUCUUAAGAUUCUUAGAAUCAAAGGUUAUGUGUUUCAGCAGCUAAAGCUGGACAGCAUUGCUCCUUUAAAACCUCUGUCCAAUCUGGAGGUUGUAGAUCUUGGUACAAACUUUAUUAAAAUGGCAAACCUGAGUAUUCUGAUGGAAUUAAAAAGCUUUAAAAUAAUAAGUCUGUCUGACAACAAAAUAUCAUCUCCUUCUGAUGGCCAAGAUGAGCUUGGUUUUACCAGAGGAGAGCCCUUGCUCUGGUCCCCCAUGUCAGAGGCUGAUCAGCUCAAAAACAAGGAAGUAAGAGAGAUCCAUUACUUCAGAUAUGAUGAAUAUGCACGCAGCUGCAAAUACAAAGACAAGGAACUUGGAAUAGUUACAUCCUUUGUCAAGAAGGAGUGCAGUAUGUUCGGAAAGACAUUGGAUGUCAGCAGAAACAACCUGUUUUUCUUGCAUUCAAGGUUUUUGAAUUUGAAAGAGCUGAAAUGUCUCAAUUUAUCUGGAAACGCCAUGAGCCAAAGCCUAAACGGUUCUGAAUUCAUCAACCUGGCCAGCUUAAAAUACCUGGACUUCUCAUGGAAUCGCCUGGACCUGCUCUACGCCUCUGCAUUUCAAGAGCUGACGAACCUKGUCGUCUUAGAUGUAAGCAACAACAAUCAUUAUUUUGAGUCAGAGGGUUUGACCCACAUGCUUAAUUUCACUAAGAAUUUAAAAAACCUAAAGACACUGCGGAUGAAUCACAAUAAGAUUUCCACUUCCACUAACAUGGAGAUGGAGAGUGAAUCUCUAGAGAGGUUAGAGUUCAGAGAUAACCGCUUAGACAUGUUGUGGAGAGAUGGGGACACUAGAUACGUCAACUAUUUCAAGAAGUUGAUAAAUCUAAAAGCCCUUGAUAUCUCACAUAACAAUCUUAUUUCUAUACAACCAGAAGUCUUCAAUGGUCUUCCAGACAAGCUGUCACAGCUCUAYAUUAACAGCAACAAACUAAAAUCUUUCAAUUGGGGGAGACUUUCACUUCUGCAGUCUCUACGUGUUUUAGACCUAAGUGGAAACUACUUAACUACUGUUCCACGAAUGUUGUCAAACUGUACCUCAUCACUUGAGAAUCUUAUUCUACACAAAAAUCAAAUCUUUAAACUCACACCAAAUUUCCUCAAGGAUGCUUUCAGCCUAAAAUAUCUGGAUCUUAGCUUUAAYCACAUAAAGUAUAUUGAGGAAUCCAGCUUUCCAGACAAUGUGGUUAAGCAGAUGGACAUGUUGCUUCUGCACAAAAACAGAUUUCUUUGCACCUGCAAUGCCACUUGGUUCAUCACUUGGCUGAACAGAACCACGGUGACCAUCCCUCGUCUGGGUGUAGAUGUUACCUGUGCUUCUCCGGGUGCACAAAGAGGCCGUCCUGUGGUUUCAGUGGACUUAACGGCCUGCCAGUAUUCCUUCCUGUCAAUCAUCCUCUACAUCCUUAUGACAUUCCUCCUCCUCAGUUUCCUCAUUGUGUCCAUCUCCAGUCAUCUCUUCCUGUGGGACGUCUGGUACAUCUACCACUUCUGCAGGGCAAAGAUCAAAGGCUACGGCCGCCUGCACUCACCGAGUGCGCUCUAUGAUGCCUUUGUCAUCUAUGACAAAGAUGAUCCCGCAGUGGCAGAGUGGGUGAUGAAGGAGAUGCGCACUCAUCUGGAGGGCCGUGGAGAGCACCGCUUGACGCUGUGUCUGGAGGAGCGAGAUUGGGUCCCUGGAUGUCCCCUGAUUGACAACCUCUCUCAGAGCAUCCAGAAGAGCAAAAGGACAGUGUUCAUCCUCACCAAAAAAUACAUCGAAGGAGGGAACUUCAGAACAGCCUUCUACAUGGCCCACCAAAGACUAAUGGAUGAAAAAGAUGAUGUGAUAGUGCUCAUUUUUUUGGAGAAGCUACCUUGCAAUUCAAGGUACCUGCGAUUACGGAAGAGACUGUAUAAACGGUCAGUUCUUGAAUGGCCAACAAACCCACAGGCACAACCAUAUUUCUGGUUUAGCCUCAGAAGUGUACUGUCUACUGAGAGUCAUAAACAGUACAGCAAUCUCUUCAAGGAGACAUUAUAA